AACUUCCCCUGCACAACUUGAGGCCGUUUCCUCUUGGCCUAUUGCUUGUUACCUGGGAGAAGAGCCCAGUUCCCACCUGGCUACAACCUCCUUUCAGGUAGUUAGAGAGCAAGACUCGAUAGACUUGAUGAUAAUUUUUAGAUAUGUUUAUUAUUACAGCUGGAAAAAAAAAAAGAAAAAAGAGGCUGUUUCCUUGAUAGUUUUGCCUUUUUGGGACCAGGUGAACUUAGUAUAAAACCAGAUUAGAAAGUGCAUGAAGUGCUUUCAACAGAGCAAAUGAUUAACAACCGUUUAGUUCUGCUAUGGAGACGUUUCUUUAUGUUGUACCAGAUUGUGGUUUACCUUUAAAAGCAGAUAAAGUCUGGUGUUAAAUUACAAACAACUAAAGAUUUUUGAGGGAGUGGUGAAGAAAUUUCCAAGUUAGUACCUUGUUCAGUCAAUUCAUUUACCAGCUCAGCUGUGACUCACCUGACCGGAGCAAGUCACGCUACUUCUCUCUUUCCUUGUCAUGUGAGGAUAAUAAUUCAGAGUUAUCUUGCAAGGUAUUAUGAAAACGAAGUCUUGUAUCUGUAAUUAUGUGACAGAGCAUUGGCUCAUGACCUGCUUUCUGGUGUUGAGAUCAGUUAACUUGUGCCUAAGUUUUACAGCAGUCUCCUGUAAGAAAUACCUCUGUUUUGUGCUGUAAGAUGUAUUUCCUCAGCAGAAUUCAGGAAGGUAAUAACUUUAAAUGGAAUUGAGUUUAGUUAGCUUUGUAUAUUUGCAGCUGUAAGUGGCAGAGAAAAAAAAAUAACAUUUCUUAGCUGCUAUCAGCAGAGAACAGCUCCUUGAGAAUUAAAUGUUUUGUGGAAGAGAAAACAAUAUCCUAAAAAACAUGCCCUUUAAUAUGCAAUAAUGUGCUUUAUUAUCCCUGCUGGCAUGUACCAUAGAAACGUGUCUUGUUUCUGUUGAUCUUAGUAAUUCAGUUUAAUGAUUUGGUUUAGUGGGUGGCCUUUCUAAUAAUUCUGCAGUGUACCAGGGCUUCUCAGCUUUUUUAAUAUGUCCUUUAUGCUGACACAUUCUGUGCGUUACUUGUUACUUUUCUUGUUCUUACCUUUUGUGCAUGUUUUUCCAAAUGAUACGAGGUAUCCAAAAGUUUUAUUUGAGCUAUGAAUUUGACACCAACAGAUGAGAUUUGAUAGUAAUGAGUUGAAGAAUCCCUCUGAACCCUUUAAUAAGUACAUUUUUAGUGUUACACUGCUUUCAGCAUUUUAGGCUUUUUCUUAUCGUGUGAUUUAUUUUUUGAUUCGGGUUUUCUGAUUUGUGGGACUGACGGGGGUUUUUUGUCCUUUCUGCAAAAUAUUUACUAAGAGGCCUUAAAAAUGAGAGGAACUAACACUUGGCACUAUAUAAACAGGAAGAAAAGCAGCCAACAGCUCUUUAGAGUAUUCCAGAUGUGUGCCCUAAUGGAGAGAACAUUUUGCCUCUGCUGGAGGGUGAAAGGAGCUGUGUGGAUAAGGAUUUAAAAAAGAAAAUUAAAAGCUGGUGUUCCACUUAGAGACUGCAGAGGCAGAAAACUGAUCUACCUAUCCCUGCUAUACAGGAGGCUUUGCAUGUUCUCCUCAGUAACUCCUGGGCCUGGUGGGCAGGCUGAACUCUCUGAACUGCUUUGUUGGGGCCAGAGUUGUUGGGCACAGCUGUACUGAGACAUAAAGGGCUGUAAAGCCCUUGCUUAACUCUGCUUCCCAGUGACCUCUAGUUCACCAACUCCUCCAGCAAGCUGUGGUUUCAUACCCAGGUCCUUCUGGCUUUUCUGUAAAUCUACCCUUGUGGUGGCUGGAGCUCAGCUUGCAGGUGGUCACUGCAGGUGGAUUGGUGCCUCUUCAGGAUCCAUUGAUGUGUGCUGAGAAGUGCCCUCGCUAUAAGGGCUUGUGGAGAAAUGCAAGUGCAGUGUCCCUGCUAUGCUGGCUGAGGGGGAGAGCAUGGCCGGGCCAUCGCUGUGUGCUGCCAGUACAGCAGCAGCGCCGCAGAACCUUCACAGAGUGUCUGACUUUGUAGAGAAUAAAACCACACAGUGCUCCUUUUCAAUCGAAAGUAUUUUGGGACUGGAGCAGAAGAAAGAUGCCAUUCCAGCUGUGAAACCUCACAGACCCUGGGUGGAUGCAUGCACCAGCUUGGUUUUAGGUGAUGACAGUAAUCCCCACCUCCAAAUCCCUGUUGUUUGCUAUGAAAAUCCAUUAUUUCAUGCUAACAGUGAUCCAGUGCAAGAGGAAAAAGUUUUGAAAUGUGAAAAAUAUUUUUCAGUCACUGAAAGGCUGUCUUUCAAACGGGAAUUGAGCUGGUACAGGGGUAGAAGACCCAGAACUGCAUUCACUAGAAACCAGAUUGAAGUCUUGGAAAAUGUUUUUAAAAUGAACUCCUACCCCGGCAUUGAUAUUAGAGAAGAGCUAGCUCGCAAAUUAGACUUAGAUGAAGACAGGAUCCAGAUCUGGUUCCAGAACCGUCGUGCAAAGCUGAAAAGAUCACACAGAGAAUCUCAGUUUCUAAUGGUGAAAAAUACUUUCACCUCCAGCCUGCUGGAGUAGAAAGAAGGAUGGUUUGGUGUUACAGUACUACAACAGAGCACGGAGAAUUAUUAAUAGCCUGUAUUAAGUAAUGGUAUAGUAAUUAUGAUUUUAUGCCCAGAUUUGAAAGUUUAUUAUAAUUUUCAUUCAAAUAAACUGUAAAUACUUGAAGUAUUAUUACAAUCUACUUUUUGUGGAAAAAGGGAACUUUUCCUAUAUCUUUGAGUAAGUAUUUUCAGAGAAGUUUAGAUAUUUUUGCAGCUUAAAAAAUACAAACCUUAGGUUGCACAAGAUUUUCAGCUACUGUGAAUUACUACAGCUUAACUGAAGAUGAUUUGACAAAGCUUCAAGGUUGUAGAAAAAGUCUGUUUAAAGGCUGAAAUACACAUUAUGCAAAAUAGAUUUUGCUACCCAAAACAGACUAUGUGUUACAUAGGAGUUUAAAUAGCUUAUUUAUAAAGAAUAUGAUAUCUUUUUCCAAAAAUUAUGUUCUUUAUGAAAACUGUCUCAAAUGGAAGGGGUAAUAUUCAGCUGACUGUUCAGUUUGAACAAUUGCCCAGUUAAAAGAAGCUGAAAAUUAUAAUCUUUUUAUAUAAUUUCAAUUAAUUUAGGGUAUUUGCCUAUUUAAUACUUCAACUUGGAUAUCUCCUCUCUUGUCAGUAUAAGCAUUCUAGUUAUGGAAGUUGCCUUAUUAUCUUUUAAUGACAGAAUGUAGCAUUUCACAGGAUCAAAUCAGUUGGGACCAGACCAGAUAUCCAGAUCAUUGCCAUUAAUUUUAGGGUGUGGGAUUCAUUUUUAUCAAACAUUACAUGAAAGUUAAUUAUCCUCAUAUUUGAUAUUCAGCCUGAAGUCAAGGAGAGCCUUAUACAAAACAGCCCCCACCCAACUCUUCAUGGCCACAAUGUAGGAAAACAUUGUAAGUCCAGGUUUCUGCUGUUCUUUGUUCAGCAGAGCCCUGGGAACUUCCCUGAAGUGCUGAGGCCCUUCAGUGAGACUUCAGCCUGUAUUUCUUACUAGACACAAAUCCUACAUUCUGUCAUGAACAGACACGGUGUUGAUCUUCCUUUCUGCAUGCUUUCAUCCCUGAUAUCUGCUGUCCUUUGGAAUGAAAGGUAAGUUUGAGAAAAUGGGACAAUAGAACAAAAAUCAUUUUAGGUAAUCUCAUACUAGGAAAAGCUAAAGGGAAGGAUGAUCUACCUUCAGUCCUUACUUAGUAUUUUGGUUGAUCGGUUGAGCUAU